AUGCCUAAGCAUUGUUACGAAGCGACUACGGCUCACGCCAGCGCUCCCCAAUCAACCCAUGAGCCCAGUAUGUUGCGAGUUGGGACCAGCGCUGUUCGGUUUAGUUUAGGCGACCACUUUAGCAUCGCUCUGUUCGCGUCCAAGAAUUCCCUGGAAGAGCGCUCACGUCACCUGAGGCAAGGGGGCACGUCUUUAAAAGUUACUUGUGACACAGCAGCACUCAGAACACACCUCAGCCAGUUCAGCAAUAACAUGGACAACACCAGCAGCAUGUGGCCAAAUGAAGAUUUAGAGUGUGUGGUGUGCUGUUACGAGUACUCACGCAAUCAGCGAAUCCCUCGCCUGCUACACUGCGGUCACACCUUCUGCGCACCUUGUCUCCACAAACUGGCCAACGUGGACGGCGUGAUCCGGACCGUCUGCUGCCCUCUCUGCCGCUGGAUCACCUGCACGCGGGCCAGCCUGACCCUGCCCGGGGCCUUGCGGGUCAACACCGAGAUCUGGGAUCAGAUGGCAGAGGGAGAGCAAAGGAAGAACAUGAAGGAACACUCAGUGGAGAACAUGAAUAAGCAGCUCACCAGACCAAUGUUCUUGGAUUCAAAUCAUGCUGUUCUCAAGUCAACACUCCAACAAAUGUUCACGGUGCAUUAG